AUGACUGUUCCACGCACCUUCCGCCCAGGCGUGUACGGACCCCUCCCCACUUUCUUUGACGAGAACGAGGAGAUCGACUAUGAGGCGUACAAGGCCCAUUUGCUCCACCUCGCCAAACUGGGAAUUGUACCUGUGGUCGGAGGAUCCUUGGGCGAAGCAGUUCAUCUCAGCCGUGAAGACCGCAUCUCGCUGCUCACCUUCGUUCGUAAGACCUUGGACGAGGCUGGGCUGCAGGACCGCCCCAUUGUGGCUGGUGUCGGCGGCAUUAGCUUGAGGGAGACGAUUGCCCUCGCACGUGAUGCCGCGACAGCUGGCGCGGAUGCUGGCAUGGUCAUCUUGCCCGCCUAUUACGCCGCAAGCCUUGGGAGCGACAUGACACAGAUCGUGCAGUACUACGUUGACGUUUGCGCUGCCUCUCCUAUUCCCAUUCUGCUCUACAAUUUCCCUGCCAAUGCGGGCGGUCUGGACAUGCCCUCGGCCGUGAUCGAAGAAGUGAUGCGAAAGGCUCCAAACCUCUGUGGUGUAAAGUUGACGUGUCCCGGAAGCGUUGGAAAACUAGUGCGCCUGUCAGGUGCUCUCUCGGACGGAUCGGUGAACGCCGUACGCAGCUUCCCGUUCCUCGUUCUCGACGGACUCAUUGCAGACCUCAUACCAUGGUGCGCCACUGGAGGCCACGGCACGGUCAGUGGCAUUCCAAACUUUGCUCCUCGUGCAACCAUGAAGUUGUGGAAUUACACGCAAAACCCAAACCCAACCGCUGCCGAGACCAAGGAAGCAUGGCGCUUGCAAUCAAUUCUCUCCAAUGCCGACGUCGCCGCUGUCCCCUCUGGAGUGCGGGGAAUGAAAUACGUCCUCAACAAGACCCGAGGCUACGGCAUUACGCCUCGCCGCCCCUUGCUUCCACUCGAUGAGUGUGCAGGUGAAGUGUUUUAUACAGCCCUAAAGCAGCUCCUCGAUAUCGAAGCCGAGUUGGAGCUGGCAGAUACCGAUUGA